CGCCGCCAGGGGCCCCGCGCGGAGGCCGUGGAUGCAGGCCACGGCGAGCCCGCCGCCGAAGCCCUGGCAGCGCGGCGCGGGGUCCGGGGGCGUGCCCCCCGCCGCCGGCGUCGCGGGCGUCAACGCCGGGGGCGUGGCCUCCCUCGGAGGCGCCGCGGCGGCCGCCGCCGCCCCCGCUGGGGCGGCCGCCCCCGCGGCCUCUGCAGCGGCGGCGCAGGCGAACAGCAGCGGCGCGCUGGCACCUGCGGCGACGUCCUCGUAUGCGUCCUCCAGCUACGGCAACUCGAUGUACCCCUCCGCCGCGUGAGCGACGCGAAACUCUGCGGACGAUCUGUGUGCACCGUACUGCGUUGGCGUCUCCCGAGGCUGUCGUCGUGUUCGUCGUGGGCAAGACGCCUUCUUCCCUCGUCAUCCGCGUGCAUGCGCAGAGGUUUGUUGGAUGUCGCCUCGUGGUUGCGUCCUUGCCCUGCCAAUUCGUUCGUGCUCCACUGUCAGUGUUUUGCUCGAUCGAGCUGCAGCGCAUCGCUGUGGAAUGUUUGCCUGUACAGGG